AUGUCACUACGUAAGAUCACAUCCGACGUCGAAGGGCAUCCAACUCCGCGUCUCAGCUUCAUCGAUGUUGCAACAGGCUCCCUCGGACAAGGGUUAUCGUGUGCCGCUGGAAUGGCAUACGUAGGAAAAUAUAUAGACAAGGCUAGCUACCGCGUUUUCUGUUUGAUGGGUGAUGGAGAAAAUGCUGAAGGAGCCAUUUGGGAAGCUGCUUGUGAGUGAUG